GCAUAUCUUGUUAUAUUUUAUCUUCAGCUACAAAAGCUCAUUGUACCUGUAUGGCAUAUGACUACAGGAAGUAGUCAUGAAAAAAAAAUUAUUUGCGGUUGGGAGUGCCAAGUUGUAGACUAUGUGGCUUUUCCGAAAAGCACUGAAAAAUUAUCGAAUUUAUUGCGUGGUUUUUUCAAAUAUUAUGGAGAAUUCAAUUACUCACAGAAUGUGAUUUGUCCAUUAUUGGGCCAGAUAGUUAAUAAAGAAGAGUUUGAAGAUUAUAUGUCACUUCCUGAGCAAUUUAAACCAUAUAUAGAUCAUUGCCAACGAAUUUCAAGGGCUACAUUAAAUGAUUUCGAUUCAAACGAUAUGGAUUCAAACGAUUUGAAUUCAAACGAUAUGGAGUUACUUGAUCAGUUAUAUUUUGGACCCCUAAAAACUGAUGCAUCAAUGUGUCUUCAGGAUCCUGUUGAUUUGUCUCAUAAUGUAACUAAAGGUAUUAGACCUACAGAUUUGGAAAAAUUUAAAAUUAUGUGCGAGUUUUCUUCAUCCAUUAUUGCCACUAAGAAUUCGAGUGAUCGUGCGGAUAAUUAUAUUGAAGAAUAAUAAGCUGCACAAUAGUUUGAUUGUCGUUUCAAGCAUACA